AUGCCAUAAUUAACCCCUUAAACACUUAAUAGGUUAUGUGAAUACUUUUUGUAUUUAGCAAAAUUAGAAUCUGAAAUAGAAAUUAUUAGAAAUCUCCUUUGUGAACACAAUCUUUUUCAUCCAUUAUUCAUUUUUAAACACAUUGAUGGAAUCUCCAUUAAUCCUAAAGGUCAAAUAGAACCUCCAGAUCUAUUACUAUUUCUAGAAGACAAUGGUUUUGUUCACAAUUUACAAGGAUGUAUACAAUUUAUUGAUUUAUAUGAUGAAGAGUCUAAAGGAUUUUUACUCUAUUCAUAGUAAAUAUUUUCUAUUAUCAUUUUAGAUUUCUAAGAAUUUGUUUACCUCAAAAUAAUGUUACCUUAAGAUAAAAAAUUGCACUCUAAAAUGUUGAUCAUCCUCAUUUAGACCAAAAGAUAUCUUAUACACUAGGAAAAUUAAUCAAUUAUGAAAUUUAAGCAAUGUAAAAUACCUCCUCAUUCAUUUAAAAACUAUAAGAUUCUUCAGAUUUUAGUCCCUCUACUUGUUUUGAAUUUAUAGAUUCAUAAAAUUCAUAAAUCUUAAUGAUUUCUAACUUUAAGGAUCUCUUUUAACAUUCAGCCAUUAUUAUAUAUCCACAUGAACUUCAAUCACUCUUCAAAAGAUUCGAUCUUCUAAAUGAUGGAGUUAUUGAUAAAUUAGAAUUUAUGAAAUACUUUAAAAAAAGAGUUAUUCAUCCUAAAGAAUUCAAAACACCCAUUAAAGAAAAAUCUUAUCUAAAUAAUUUCAAAGAAAAAAACUAAUAAAAAUAACUAUAAUCUUAACAAUCAAACAGAUAAAAUAAACCAUAAACAACUCCUAUUAAAAAAUUAAAUUCUAUCUUAAAAUAAACAGGUGAAUCACCAAAAAAGGAAUUUGAUAAUCAAAGAUCAGUUAGUUUUGUUGAAAGUUCUAAGACUUGUAAGACUUAAAAUCUUAAUUCUAGCUAUAUAUUUAAAACUCCCAAUACAUAAAAUAAAAAAUAUAUUGAUUAAAAAACAGAAUUGAGAGCUUAAAUGUAAUUAUUCAAAGUCUAAAAACAACAUUUAAAUUUUGAUAACUCUACAAUUAAGAAAUCUACUUAAAAACUUCCUCAAAAAAAUAAUACUAAAUAAUCACCUAAAAAAAAUAAUAAGAAAUUCUUUAAUCCUUCUUAAUUUUUAAAAGAUAUAUUAAUUAAAUUAAUGAACUUUGAAAAAGAAAUCGAAAAUAUUAAAUUCAAUUUAUACACUAGUUCUGAUUUUUCCAUCUAUAAUGUAUUUAGAGUUUUAGAUAAAAAGGAAAUUGGAUACUUAGUUGCUGAAGAUCUAGAAUAAUUUAUUAAUAAAUAAAAUCUUUAACUUAUAUUGAAGAAGAUAUCUUCAGAUGGUAGAAUCAAAUUAAAUUAAUUUAUUUAAUUAUUAUAACCUUUGUCAAUUUAGGAACAAUAAUUUAGUAAAAAGUAAAUUUUAAAUGAGAAAUACUUAAUUUAAGGAAGAAUAAAUUAAUUACUCUCUCUACUGUUUGAAAAAAUAUAUUAAAGAGAAUAGUUUCUAGAGUAAAUCAUUUAGGAAAUAAAACAUAAUUAAUAAUAUGACAUAAAAUAUUUGUUCAUGAUGAUUGAUGAAGAUUCUUGUGAUAAUGAAAUUAGCUUAAAAGAUGUAAGAAUAAAAUAAAUAAAUAUUUUUUAGCUUGAUUCAUUUUUGUAUAAAGAAGAGGUGUAACCAGAAUUAGAAGAUUUAGAAUUACUUUUUAAUAGAUUGGAUACUGAUAGAGAUGGGAAGGUAUCAUUUCCAGAUUUUAUUAACAUUUUUUCUUUUUGA